GCAGAGGACGCCGGCGUGACCGCCCCACUAAUCGAGUGCAGAGGUGCGACGAAGAGGUUUGGGGACUUGCUCGCGGUGGACGAUGUGAGUUUCCGCCUCAUGCCGGGCGAAGUGCUGUCUAUACUGGGCGCGAGUGGCUGUGGAAAGACCACACUGUUGCGGAUCAUCGCAGGCUUCGAGGGACUGGACGAUGGGGAAGUGCGCUUUCAGGCUGGCCUAGUAUCUGAUUCUGAUCAUUACGUGCCCCCUGAGAGGCGAAAUGUCGGCAUGGUGUUCCAAGAGUACGCUCUCUUUCCCCAUCUGACUGUGGCGGAGAAUGUCGCGUUUGGGCUUCACGGCAUGUCGAAAGGUGAGCAGCGCAGCCGCACUCAAGACGCUCUGGAUCUCGUUCGUCUGAACGGGUUUGAAUCUCGAUAUCCGCAUGAGCUUUCAGGUGGUCAGCAGCAGCGCGUGGCACUUGCCCGGACGCUUGCGCCGUCUCCUAUCGCAGUCCUUCUCGACGAGCCGUUCAGCAACCUUGACGCAGGAAUGCGCCUGGAGGUACGACAGGAAGUUGAGGAGAUACUGCGAAGCAAGGGGGUUGCCACCAUCUUCGUCACGCACGACAGGGAAGAAGCGUUCGCGUUCGCCGACCGUGUCGGUGUGAUGAGCCGCGGACGGCUUGAGCAGAUUGACGCUCCGUACGCGCUAUAUCAGGCGCCCGUGAGUCCUGAAGUCGCACGGAUCGUCGGGGACUGCGAUUUCCUUCAGGGCGUGGUGCGCGGCAAUGUCGCCGAGACGGAAUUGGGCAGCCUACCUUACACUUGCGGCGAAGGCAAGCUGGCGGACGGCACCGUGUUGACGCUGGUGGUGCGCCCUCAAGACCUGAAACCCGAAUCCGACGAUGCAGGGAUAUGUCGCGUAGAGGCGCUGGAAUAUCGCGGAGGCGAUACGAUGCUAGCUGUGCGGACUCCAAGUGGCACGGCACUAAGAUGCCGUCUGCCUAGAUACUCCGACUUUUCGAAGGGUGAGCAAAUUACUCUGACGCCAGUUGAUUCAACGCCUUUUAUUGCGUUCAUGAGGUAG